UUUUUGACGAUGUGAUAACUUGAUAGUAGAUUUAUAAAAUAAUAAAAUAUAUGAGUAAUUUGGUGACAUUUGAAAAAGUUUUCAACAUGAGUUUUUCUGUGAAACAUGUAUUUAGGUCAUUUUCUACAUCUGGUAUAAAAAAUGGAAAAAGAAAUUUUAAAAAUUUCAUUCUCUACAAUCGUGGAACAAAUCAAUUUAAAAAACAACAGCAAGAAAACCCAAAUAAAGAUUUUCAAAUAACAGGUAAUCAAAUUAUUCUAUUUAUGAGUUAUAGUAUAAUAAUGACGUGCUGUAUAACUUUUUCUUUUAAACUGUUAUAAAUAAUCAGAUUAUGGCGUAAGAGAAACCACUAUUAAAGUUGGACGUAAAUUUAUAACUGUGAAAGAAAAGAUUCCUGAUAUUAUAGUUCCAGAUUUGGAAAAUUUUGAUGUAAGUAUUCUACACUAUCAAAUGCUGAUUAACAAAUAUAAUAAUAUAUUUUUAUUAAUUUUCAGUUAAAACCAUAUGUAUCAUAUAGAGUUCCUGAAAUUACUCAAUCAGAAUUUACAUCAAAAGAUUUAUUUAAUGCUGUUUACCGCCAAAAGAUAAUGCAUGAUUUUAAAAAUAAGAAGCUGAAAGAAAAUGGUGAAUCUACAGAACCUAGUGAAGAAGAAUUAUUAACACCUGAACAAGCUAAAAUAAAAGCUAGACAAACUGGUAGUGAUUUGUUCUCACAAGGCAGAUAAAAAUAAAUGUCUUAUUUUAUAGAUACCUUUUUGUGUAAAUGAUUUCAAAUUAUCAAAACUUUAGUUUUAAAUUGAUUCGUCUGUUAUUAUUAUUAUUUUUUUUUUUGAAAUUAAUAUAUACCUACUAAAAGUCAACUUAUAGAAUUGUUUAAUUUAUUUAAUCAUAAUUUUAAUUAAGCAUUAUUGAUUACAAAUUUGGUUAUAGAACUGAUUUAUAUUUAUAGAAUCCUC